AUGAAGCCAGCUGUUACAGCAGGAAAAGCUUGGUUUUGCACUGUUCUUUCUGCUUUCGGAGUCCUCAUCCUCUCAGUGAUAGGUGCUCUCUUCUACACAAACAAUGAGGCACUGGUGGGCUCGAUAGACGAUCCUGAAGAUGGCAAAGCAGAUCCGGGUCUCUGGUAUUUGACUGCUGAAGGACGAAUUUCAAAGAAAACAAACAAAAAUUGGAAUAUUGUUACCUUCGUUUCUGGAUUGUAUCACAAGGAUGUGCAAAGGAAAAAGGAGGAUGAAUGCAAACAGCUAAUCAAAGUCUUAAGUGAUGAAGAGGCCCUUGAGAACAUCCCAGUUCUUCAAGGCUUAUUGAUUAAUGGUGAAGUCGGAACUGGCAAGUCAAUGCUUAUGAAUAUGUUCUCUGAGUCGCUUCCGAUCAGAAGAAAGCUCAGGGUUUAUUACAGCAGCUUUGUAUUGUGGAUUUUUAGAGAGAUUAACCAGAUCAGCAGACAAAAUGUGCUAAUGAAGGGCCAGAAUGAGCUUAUUUUGUUCGAAAUCGCUUCAAAUCUCGUGCAAACAAACUAUAUUUUGAUGCUUGAUGAAUUUAUGAUGCCUGAUUUGGCCGCCGCAAGAGUGAUCAAGAUUAUAUUUACCUAUUUUUUCAGGUUUGGAGGUGUGCUAGUGGCCACAUCCAACAGAUUACCGUCUAAUAUGUACACGGGUGGGUUCAACUCUGCCCAGUUUGGAUAG